AUACAUAUUUUAUUUAUUGUCGUUGUGUUUGUGUUUGUUUACACCGCGCGUUAUCCGCAAUUUCGCCCCGUGUACGGAUCGCCGGGCUGUUGGCCAUUUUCGAUGCUCGCAAACCCUUUUCCAGCCACAGCUGUUGGUGGGAAAGUGCAUUAAAUCCUCCGUCCACCGCCGCCGCCGUUUGUUUCCAGCGUCGCACCAACGUUCGGUUGUGUUGGGCAGAUUAUGAUGUCUCGGUCGGUGCGAGCAGAGACCAGAAGCAGAGCCAAGGAUGACAUCAAGAGAGUAAUGCAAGUGGUGGACAAGGUCCGCCGAUGGGAAAAGAAAUGGGUAACGAUCGGAGAGACUACCAUGAAAAUUUACAAAUGGGUUCCGAUAAUAUCCAACGAUCAGAAAAAGAAGUCCAAGGAGCAUUCGCACGCCAACAAGGAGAACAUAUUGGGCAAGAGACCGAUGGAGAUGCCGUCGAAUUUCGUCGCCAUGGCCGACGACUCCAACACUUCCUUCUCGGUGAGCGAUUCCCAUUCUCAAGAACCCACCGAAUUCGUGGCUCACCAAUUGACCUUUUCGGAGGAUUCAAAUUCGCAGAGCAGCGAACCGCCGACCAAACAACUGAAAACUGAAUGAAACAAACAAACAAAAAAAACCGCCACCCCCUCUCCCGAGUACAAAAUAAAAUAUUUCCUAAUCGAAAUCGCAAAAAUAAGUUGUUUUACAAAAACGCAAAUACAAAAAAAAUAUAAUGAAAAUCCACAACUCGCUCCUUCCCACCCCCCGCCAACCGUGUGUCUUCUUCAACCCGUCUUGCUUCUGACUUACUUGUUUUUUUUUAUAUAAUACAAUCAUUACCUAUUAACCGUUUUCGUUUUUUUUUUGUCUAUUUGUAAUUUAUUGUAAAAAAAAAUAAAAAAAACGCGAAACUACCUCUAUUUAUUAUUACUUUUUUAAAUUUAUAUCGUUUAAAAUAGAGAAUAAAACUUUUGUACUUUUAUCGCCCUCUCACCCCCCCCCCCCCUUUCUAUGUCCCCUUCCCCCUGACCAUUUUUUGACGAAU